AUGAUGGAAGUUUUUGAAACUCUUGAAGAUGAGUUUGAUGAAUACUUUGAUCGCAUCACAACACCGCGCAGGAAUCCUGUAUUUCAGAAUAGAACUAACUAUAUGGAGACAUUGGACGAAACGGACUUUAGGACACGGUUCAGACUUACUAAAGAAGCCGUGAUGUUUGUUUAUUCAAUGAUCGAAGAAACAAUUUCUGCCCCUACAGAAAGUUUGUAUAAUAUAACUUUUAUUUUAGGUGGAGACAAUGCAGAAGAAUGGAGAGACAGAAAGUCACAGUUUUCUUUUAAUGUUCAAACUGUAGUUAGUGCAAAGUUGAAGAUUUUAGACAUAGUGGUUAGAUGGCCAGGAGCAGCACAUGACCAAACAAUUUUCAACAAUUCAUUCCUAAAACAAAGACUGAUAAAUGGAGAAUUUGGAAACCUUUUGAUUGUUGGUGAUAAAGGCUAUGAAAAUACUUCAUACCUCCACUCCAAAACCCCACGACUCCAGCAGAACAUCUUUAUAACGAAUCUCAAAUUCGAAGUAGAAAUGUGGUGGAAAGGACAUAUGGUGUUUGGAAAAAUCGGUUCCCCAUUUUGUCAAAAAAGGUUUUGCUUCAUGUAUCUCGUGUACAAGCCGUGA